AUGACCACAGCCAGAACCCCCCUCCGGCCCGGAGUCUACUGUCCAACAGUCACCUUCUUCCACCCCGACACCGAAGAACUCGACACCCCAUCAAUCCGCAAACAUGCCGUCCGUCUCGCCAAAGCCGGCCUCGUCGGCCUCGUCACCAUGGGCUCCAACGGCGAGGCAGUGCAUUUGACCAGACAAGAACGCGCAACCGUCACACGCGAGACCCGCGCCGCCCUCGAUGACGCUGGGUACCAAAACGUGCCCAUCAUUGCCGGCGCCAGCGAACAGAGCGUGCGCGGCACAGUCGAGCUGGCUCAAGAGUGUGCUGCAGCGGGCGCCGAGUACAUUCUAACCGUCCCUCCCAGCUACUACCGCUACGCAGUCGGGAACGAUGAGUCGAUAUACGAGUUCUUCACCGCUGUGGCCGACCAGUCCCCCUUACCAGUGAUUCUGUACAACUACCCCGGCGCUGUGGCCGGAAUUGACAUGGACUCGGACCUCAUCAUUCGCAUCUCGCAGCACCCGAACAUCGUCGGCACCAAGUUCACCUGCGCAAACACCGGUAAACUCACCCGAGUCGCUCGUGCGCUCAAUGCCAUCACUCCCACAGCGCCAUUCCCUGUAAAGGAGAAUACGACAACACUCAAACCCACCGCAAACCAUCCCUACGUGGCUUUCGGCGGCAUCGCAGACUUCACUCUCCAAACGCUCAUCUCAGGUGGAUCCGCGAUUAUUGUGGGCGGCGCAAACGUGAUUCCGCGGACCUGCGUACAGAUCUUCAACCUCUGGAGCGAGGGAAAAAUCGCGGAAGCAUUUGAGCUGCAGAAGGUUCUGAGCGAUGGUGACUGGGUGCUGACCAAGUCUGCGAUCCCAGGCACGAAGCACGCGAUUCAGCUGUUCUAUGGAUAUGGAGGAUAUCCGCGCCGGCCGUUGCGCAGGUUGAACGAGGCGAGUGCCAAGGAUUUGGAGGGGAAGUUGCAGGAGAUUAUGGGUGUGGAGACGGGUCUUCCCGACUUUGCGUGA